GAGGGUAUGCCCAGUGCACGUUACGCGUCUCGUCCGUCAGUUUCAAGGUCCUUCGUCUUCCGAGGAUAUCGUCGCGCUGCUGGCGGUCCGUAGACCCGGGACGAAAAAAAACCCUCGCAAAUUCUCCGAUCGGGUACCUAAGGAAAAAAAUCCGAAAAUCCGCGAUGAAGAGAAUUACGUAUGUCGCCCAAUUAUCACGCUGUCACCUCCUUUUUCUGGUGCUUCUUUUUGCGAAAUGCGCCAGUGCGGAGAUCGAAAGACGCACCUCGCGACAAAUGGUGGAGGAGAUGCCGGAACAUCUGGCGCCGAAUUUGAACAAGGAUUGCGGGAAAUCGUAUAGUGCCACAUGUCUCAAAUUGGACGUGGUAUCCUUCCUGGAUAAACUCUCGGAGCAGGAAGACAUCGGAAUCCUGCCAGGAGUAUCUGUUGUCAAAGAAAACGGCUCUACUCAUGUCCCGACGUCGGAGGUAGUUGCCAAUUUGGCGAGAGACUUCCCGAACGACGUCGAGAAGAGAUUGGACGCCUACCUGGUGCACAAGGUCGGCAGUUACCUCAACAGCCACUCGCUCUCCAUCAAGCUUUUCGAUCCGAAGACCUUCGAAGCCGCCAGGAACUUCAAUGAAGAGGCGCUCGCGCAACUCGGCUUGGGUGGAAAUCAAAAUGUCGAAACAGGACGUAAGAAGGAUAAAGGCGGCAACAACGGCCUGAUGGCUGGUUUGAUGAUGAUGAAGGGAACUCUCGGCGCAAUGGGAUUCGGCGCGUUGGCUCUUCUCGCCGGUAAGGCUCUGAUGACCGGUCUCAUGGCGCUGAUGUUGUCGGCUAUCAUCGGGCUCAAGUCCCUGGCGCACGGCGGCGAAAAAAAGACCACGUAUGAAAUUGUCAGCAAACCGGUGUACUCGAGCUCGCACACGCACAGCUCGGAGGAACAUCACGGUCACGGAUACGGACACUCCGGAUACGGAAGAUCUCUCGAUUCCGUCCAAGAGUCUCUCCAGCAGGCCGUACUUAAGUACGGCAACGCGCGCGAUCGCAGAUCAAUUCUAUAGAAUUAAUCUCACCCCCGAUCAAUCAGCUCCCGACGACGUGUCCGCGCUCGCUGGCACACUACGAAACACCUUAGCACAUCUCUACCUCACUGAAUUUCCCGUUUUUCUUCAUCCUCUCGCACUACUCCCUCAUCUUCUUUUUUUUAAUUUUGCCUGUCUCUCUCUCUAUCUCUCUUUCCUUGCCAUUUACCUGAUUUUUCUCACUCACUCGUCUCUUCAAGAUCUCGUCUCACUUCAUCGAUUCACAGUUAUCACAUUAUUUAUAGUCACAUAGGUAUUUAUUGCGAUCGCGCCACUGCAGUUCCGAUCGGAAUACUCGUUGAGAAAGCGUAUCGUCGUUUUGCACGAGAAUUGCUCAGAAUCAUGUACAUGAUUUUUGAAUAUUUAUUUUGUUACUGUAAAAUUGUAAUAAAUAAAAAACAGAUUUGUAAAGAUA